AUGGAAGAAUGUGUUGGAUUUAAAGUUCUCCCGGUGAAAGUCAAUGAAAAUUCCAAAGCUAUUCGUCAUUUAUUUUUGAAAAUGCAUAUAACCAGGGACAAAUGUGCACAAAAACCAGAAUAUCAGACACUGUUUGUGGUCGGUGUUCCUGAAUUUUGCAAUCAAAAAACUAUGAAACAUGCAUUUCGCCGCUGUGGUAAAGUAAAAUCAGUAUACUUUCACAAUGAACCAACUCCAAUUGAACCAGAAAUAUUGCCUUCUAAAUAUUUCAUUCCGAAAUCAAUUAAAGGCUUCAAAGUGGCUUAUGUCGUGUUUGCACACACAUCUGGUUUGGAAAAUGCAAUGUCACUGAAAUGCACUGAAAGUGAACCUUUCAUUUUGUCCACACAAUCUGCUCCGAUCACAAAUAUAGUUAACCGAUGGUGUGAGAAUUAUAAUGACAAUAUUGUUGAUGAAAAAGAAUUACAAUUGGAGAUUGAUACUUACAUGUCAAAAUAUGACAAAACAUCAGCAGCACGAAUACAAACUGAAAAAGAAACAGUUGACAAUGAAGACGAAGAUGGGUGGAAAACUGUUACUAAAAAAGGACGGAAUCCUGGAUUUGCACGCAAGGAGGCUAUUAAGAAUAACAUAAUGAAAAACGAGAGUAAGAAAAAAGUAAAGAAAACCCUGAAAAACUUUUAUCGAUUCCAAAUUAAAGAAACUAAAAUAAAUCAACUGAUGGAGUUACGCAACAAGUUUGAUAAUGACAAAUCAAAAAUUGAACUACUAAAACAGAGCAGAAAAUUUAAACCUUUUUAA